AUGGACAACCUCGGCAAGAUCUCGGCGUUUGGAAAGAACAUCUCCGCCUCCUUCACACCGUGGGCUGCCCGGACGCAGCAGUAUGUCAAGGAGCAGGUCGGCAAUGUCGAGGACAAGACCCAACUCCCGCCGGACUACAUCGAGCUGGAGAAGCGCGUGGAUGCGCUGAAGAAGGUGCACACGACGAUGCUGCAGGUCACCUCGCAAUACGCCAACGAAGCCUACGACUACCCAGCCAACAUCCGCGAGUCCUUCAACGACCUGGGCCGCACCGUCUCGGAGAAGGUCAACCUGCUCUCCAGCGCCACGUCGCCCGCCGAGGCCCAGGCAGCCCUCACUGCCCCUCCCUCUGCGAAGCCCCAGCCCAAGACGUUCAGCCAUGCCGUUGCCCGCGCCGCCCUCAACGCCUCGCACAUGCUCACGUCGGAGCAAACAAGCUCGAGCGAGGACCCCCUGGCCACGGCGCUCGAGAAGUACGCCAUCGCCAGCGAGAAGGUCGGCGAGGCGCGAUUGGCGCAGGACGCCCAGAUCCAGAGCCGCUUCCUGGCCGGCUGGAGCACCACGCUCAACACCAACAUCCAGUUCGCCACACGUGCGCGCAAGGCCGUCGAGAACUCCAGGUUGAGCCUCGAUGCCACCAAGGCCAAUGCCAAGGGCCCUGCCUUCUCCCUGCCGGGCCAGGCUCCCAAGAAAGACGUCAUGGACGACGACAUCAGCGAAGACGCCAGAGCCAAGAUCGAGCAGGCCGAGGACGAGUUCGUCGGUCAGACUGAGGAGGCUGUCGGCGUCAUGAAGAAUGUCCUCGACACCCCCGAGCCACUCCGCAACCUCGCCGAACUCAUCGCCGCCCAACUCGAAUACCACAAGAAGGCCUACGACAUCUUGUCCGAGCUGGCUCCCGUCGUCGAGCAGCUGCAGGUGGAACAGGAGGCCAGCUACCGCAGGGCCCGUGAGGAGUUGUAG